UGUGUGUGUGUGUGUGAGUGAGAGAGACAGAGACAGGAGAGUUGCUAACAAAGCCAGCAGGGACAUAACGCCGAAACUGUGAGCGAUAAGAGAGAGAGAGAGAGAGAGAGAGAGAGAGAGAGGAGGAGGGGGAGGAAGAAGAAGAAGGUCGUGUGCGCAAAGCAAUGCCUGCUAAUCACAGAAUUUGAUGCUCUGCUUCCUCACGGAUUUUGACGUUUUCUUCGUGAAUUAAAAUAUUAAACUUAGAAACGCACUCAUGCACUCGAAGAAAAGAAAAAGCGUGCUCUGAAAUUGGUGGAAGUUCUGCGCAGCAAGUUGUGUGAGAGAGAAUUCACGAGCAUUUGCAGCUUUUUUGAAGAGCGGUUAACCUCUCACGGUCCGGCGAAGAAAGUUGAAACUGACUCUUCUAGACUGUUCUCAGCCCUUAACGAUUGGAGAUCUUGAACAACAAUGCCGUUUCUGAGAAGAUCCUGCCGAAGGGCUCUUGAUCCAGCUUGAAACAAAGCGAAUUGCUAUUCAAUUCAUCGACAAAAUCAGCUUUGCCGUGCCUUCAGUUCGGCAAUGCAAAAAUCUUCAAGUUCUAUCAAAGUCUAAGUCAUUGGCUGAAAAGAACGGUUGGUUGAGAGGUGAAGAUGUCGUCGUGGGACAAUGUUGGGGAGCUUGCAACGGUGGCCCAGCUCACGGGGCUCGAUGCGGUGAAGCUGAUUGGGUUGAUCGCAAAGGCCGCAAAUACCGCACGAAUGCACAAGAGGAAUUGCAGGCAAUUUGCGCAGCACUUGAAGCUGAUCGGGAACUUGCUGGAGCAGCUCAAGAUCUCGGAGCUCAAGAAGUACCCGGAGACGCGGGAACCUUUGGAGCAGCUUGAGGACGCGCUGAGAAGGUCCUACAUUCUGGUCAAUAGUUGCCAGGACCGGAGCUAUCUGUAUCUAUUGGCAAUGGGGUGGAACAUUGUGUACCAAUUCCGGAAGGCCCAGAAUGAGAUCGAUAGAUACUUGCGGCUUGUGCCAUUGAUUACUCUUGUGGACAAUGCGAGAGUCAGGGAGAGACUGGAAGUUAUUGAAAUGGAUCAAAGAGAAUACACAUUGGAUGAAGAGGACAGAAGGGUGCAGGAUGUGAUCCUGAAACCUGACCCCUCAAGUAAUGAUGCUAUGGUGUUGAAGAAAACUCUUUCUUGUUCCUACCCGAACUUGCCUUUUUGUGAAGCACUUCAAAAGGAAAAUGAAAAGCUUCAAUUUGAACUACAGCGAUCACAAGCUCACUUGGAUGUGAGUCAAUGUGAAGUAAUUCAGCGUUUGUUAGAAGUAACGGAAGCUGCUGCUGCAAAUGUCCUUCCAGAGAAGAGUGUGCCUGAAAAAGGUCACAGGAAAUUGGAACGGGGUUAUUCAGAUGCCAACAGUGACAAAGAGCAUUCAUCUGAUGAAGGCUAUCAUAAGAAGAGUGACACUCGUACAACUUCAAGAAAAACAUCUUCAGUUUCAUCUGGACAUGAUCUCCUGUCGACUAGAGGUUCACACCGGCAUGAAGAAUGGCAUACUGAUCUACUUGGUUGUUGUUCAGAACCUUGUCUGUGUAUAAAAACCUGUUUAUUUCCUUGUGGGACAUUUUCAAAGAUUGCUACUGUAGCAACUGACAGGCAUAUGUCUUCGGCGGAGGCAUGUAAUGAAUUGAUGGCAUAUUCAUUGGUGUUGUCAUGCUGUUGCUAUACUUGUAAUGUCAGAAGAAAGCUUCGCAAGACGUUGAACAUCACGGGAGGCUUUAUUGAUGAUUUCCUCUCACAUUUGAUGUGUUGCUGCUGUGCCCUUGUCCAAGAAUGGCGAGAAGUGGAGAUCCGUGGGGUUUAUGGUCCUGAGAAGACAAAAACAAGUCCCCCAACAUCACAGUACAUGGAAUCCUAAAUGACAGCAUGGAAACAUUGUUUAGUGGUUUUGAAAUUUAUAUACCUUGGCAGACAUAUAUAGGGGUAUACGUCAGUUGCCAGUGUUACAGGAACUCGUAUUGCUAUAUGUGUAAUUACUUUACCCAUAUGUAAUGUAGCUGUGUAUGUCUUUUAAAUUCAGCACACGGUGUAUCACAGACAAAUUUUUAGCGUUGUUUAUGUUUAAUUGGUUUUGUA